GAAAUAUCAAUUUAUGUCAAAUUUGAUCAAUUAAUUAUUGUCUACAUUGAUUUGUAAUAUUAUUUUUGCUACCUUUAAUGACAUAUGUUUACGUAUUUAUUGAGUCAUUUAUUUAUUUAUUCAUUUAUUUUUGUCAGGUUCCAUCCUCCAUAGACUAUUCCUUUAAAGCCUUUGAGCUGCGGUUCUUCUAGUGGCCACUAGAUGCUGCUCAACCAAACUUUAACUCUAUUGAAGUGAAUGGAAAAACCUCUAACUUCUCUUUAAAAAUACAAAGUCAUCACAUUUCUACUUGAUUUUAUUAAUGGAGAAUCUUUAUACCUGUGUUUUUAUUAAUCAUGUUUCCGUGUCUGUGAUUGGUUAGUUUACUGGUAUGACAUAAUGCUGUUGCUGACGGCGUUUCUGUUUAUACAUGUUUACCUCCACCGCUAUCGAUGCCAACACAGACACACACACUAAAACAUGACUACAUUUAGCUCGUCGGCUCAUCAAUAAACCUCUGGACCUGUGUGUGUGUGUUGGCAUUACUGGGCAACUGGACAACAUCAUGGUGGGAGAAAGAGAGUGAGAGAGCAUCAGAGAGACAGAGAGAGAGAGAUGGAGGGGGGAGGCAGUGGUUGGUUGGCAUUUGGCAAAAACAAAUGAGGAAAGAAGACGCCUGAUGCAGCGCUGAGGAGACACAAAGGCUUCUGGGAGUUUUUCUGUGAGUAAAAAUACAACAAUUGUACUUUAGAUGUUACAAUAGAGUUAAUUAUCCAGGCUGUAGACUGUCUGUCUGUCUGUGUGUCAGGUGGUCUCAGGAUGACUGUCACAUAUUCCAGUAAAGUCGCCAACGCCACCUUCUUCAGUUUCCACCGGCUGCUGCUGCGUUGGAGGGGAAGCAUCUACAAGCUGCUGUACAGAGAGUUCAUCCUGUUCGUCCUGCUCUACACCGGCCUCAGCAUCGUAUACAGGCUCAUCCUCUCCGACCAACAGAAGAGACUGUUUGAGAAACUCUCCAUGUACUGUGAUAAAUACGCCGAGCAGAUCCCCGUCACAUUCGUUCUGGGUUUUUAUGUGACUCUGGUGGUGAAUCGUUGGUGGAAUCAGUUUGUUAACCUGCCCUGGCCGGACCGACUCAUGUUCCUCAUCUCCAGCUGUGUUCAGGGUAAAGAUGAAUAUGGCCGCCUGCUGCGCCGGACGCUCGUGCGUUACGUUAACCUGACGUCGCUGCUCAUCUUACGCUCCGUCAGCACCGCCGUCUGCAAACGCUUCCCCACCAUAGACCACGUGGUUGAGGCAGGUUUCAUGACUCCAGAGGAGAGGAAGGUGUUUGAGAACAUCCGCUCUCCUCACCUGAAGUACUGGAUUCCCGUCGUCUGGUUCUCCAAUUUGGCGUCUAAAGCUCGACAGGAAGGACGCAUCCAGGACAGCAUCGACCUGCAAAACAUCCUCAAUGAGAUGAAUCUGUUCAGGACUUGGUGUGCGACUCUUUUCGGCUACGACUGGGUCGGCAUCCCGCUGGUUUACACACAGGUCGUCACUCUCGCCGUCUACACCUUUUUCUUCGCUUGUCUUAUUGGUCGUCAGUUCCUCGACCCCAAACAGGGCUACCAAGGUCACGACCUCGACAUCUACGUCCCCGUCUUCACCCUGCUGCAGUUCUUCUUCUACUCCGGCUGGCUGAAGGUAGCGGAGCAGCUGAUCAACCCGUUCGGAGAGGACGAUGACGACUUUGAAGCUAACUGGAUCAUCGACAGGAACCUUCAGGUGUCUCUGCUGGCUGUAGAUGAGAUGCACAUGAACCUGCCUCACAUGACCAAGGACAUGUACUGGAACGACUGCGAGGCGCGCCCGCCGUACACGCUGGCUGCUGCCGACUACUGCAUCCCGUCAUUCCUCGGCUCCACCACUGACAUGGGACUCUCUGACAUCCUGCAGUUUGAUGAGGCUGACGUCGUUAGCUACAGUCGUCCACGGCAACAGGACUCUGUUUUGACAGGGCGCCAAGAGUCGGUUAUGGGUCGAGUCCGCCGGCUGCUGAGCGUUCAGGAUCCUCCUGAACUCCAACCUCUUCGACCCAUCUUUAAACGACACAGCAGUGACGCAACAGGAAGCUUCUUCCCAGACUUCAGGGUCAAUUCACGUCCAGACGAUAUGGGUCUACCCUCCCCUGCCAAGGACACCCUGUCCACCUUAAGGGAGGUCAGCAGCAACCCUCCGUCACCUGAAAGCUCGCCCUGUACUGUUUUCCCCCAACUCGUCGUCAGUCCGCCGUUGACCGGUGACGUCUGUCACAACAUGAGUCCUUCUGGCAACGGUGAGGCGGCAAAACCUCAGAACGGACUGGAUUCUUCCCCCAGUGAGGAGGCACCGGGCUUGGAAACCCCGAGGAGGGGUUCCUCGGUCUGUUGUUCCCCUACCCAGCUGGGACCCAAGGAAUUCCGCUGGACACAUCACCCCCCCAUCCGGCCACGAGGGCGCCAGUUCUCCCUCCAGUUCUCCAGGCAGUCAUCGAAGGGGUCGGUCCGAAGCUUGCCGAGCCCCAAGGCUCUGGGAAGGCGGAGACGAGGCCUAGCUCGAUUUCAAUCCCGACGAUCACCCGCUCAACCUACCGACACUCUGCAGCUCCCUGAUCCUGAUAACGAUUACGACUUCCAGGGAGUGGCGGGGAUGGAGGACGACGAUAAAGAAGUAACCGACAACAGUGAAGAUAUCAGAAACCAGGACUCCCAAUCCCAGACUACCACUAACACAUUAACAUAAUACUGCCCAAACAGAGCCAACCUCAGUAUUGGCAAUGACUUUACCCAACAAAGGAAGCCACAAGAGGAAAGUUGCUUAGAAAUCUCCAACCUCUGAAGGGAUGUUUUGAAGCCUGGAGUUUGGGUUUACCACUUGUUACCAGCUUAGUCACUGGAGAUAAACCAUAACCAUAAAAUGGUACACCAAAGAAUGCUAAAGAAUCCUAAUACUGGUAAUCGACUUUUAAGCUCAGAAAAUGGACAACUUGACGGGAAGAGCAAUCAACAACCACCAUGGCUGAGUUUGAUGGGCUUAAACACCUGCCAUUCAAGAAACGCCUGCCUUAACAUUUUCUUAAUGGAAGAGAAACUCAACGCACAUUAGAAGAAGUGAAAUUAGCCACCAACAGCUGAACAUGUUGUGGAAAAAAGUUGGGGAUUUUCCCACUUGCUUCAAUACAGUGAGUGAUUUCUUGGAUGUCAUCUGGUGGCCAUUAGAGGAACUGCAGCUGGACACACUUCAGCUUUGGUUCCAAGACUCAACUGUGGUGAUUGCUGAUUAGGUAAAAGUUCUCAGGAUUACUGACUGGACUUUCUAAAAUCUUUUCUGGCACAAAAUAUGUGUUCAUGUGAUAGCAGUUUGUCUGUUUUUGUUAAUGUAACUGAAGUAAUGAAUUUCUCGUAUCUGUUGCUGCUGCUGAAUAACCAAAAACUGUACUUUUUAAAAAAAAAUACAACCUGACUUAUUUGUCAAUGGGUCACCAAAAAUUAAGAAUUGUGUCACCAAGGCCAUACUCCACAGUUCAGCCAAUUGGGGAUGUCACAAUACCAGAACUUUAGUAUUUGAUACCAGUGAAAUUCCACGAUUCUCGAUACCAAUUGGAUACCACGGUAAAAAACAAAAGUAAAACAGGUCAUAAUUCCCUCUCUAUUAUCUAUUU